CAACUUUCAUCCUUUCGCAGCCGUCGUUAGCUCCACUCCUCGAGCUGUCCAUUAUCUAUUGAAGUUGUCAAGCUCAGCCCUUUUCUAACGGUUUUCAACUUUCAAUCUCAAAGACGUCUGAUAUCUCGCCCGGGAUCAAUUAGGCUGUCUUAACUGCUAAUCCCUCAAAGCUUACUCUACCCAUACCGUCGCAUUUGCAAUUAAAUUGCAACCUUAGUUUUCUCUCCAUUGCUAUUAUUCCUUCACGUUAUUGGUUGCAGAACUCACGACGAACCCUCACGAAGAGACCAUGGCGAAGUCAAACAACUCUAAGCCGAACACGCCUAAGCAAAGCACUCCCAAGCAGCACGCAACCGAUUUCGAGAAAAUUAUCCAUGCUGGCCGUGAGCGCAAGGCCAAUGAGGAUCUUGCUGCACGUAUCUUUAAGCGAGAUAGCAGUCGCCGAGCCAGUGCGCCCAGUGGAGGUUCAUUGGCAAGUCGCGUAGGAGUCAAAAAGCGCCAGUCUUUGACCUCCCAUAUCCCUGCUGGCAACGUCAAUAACGAAUGGACGCACGAUCUUCACAAUGCGCGCGGUAGAGGCGCCAGGGUUCAGAAAGACCCGAAUUCACUAGCGUCCAGAAUUCGUGCACCUGGUACACCAAUCUCUCGAACUCAGACAACACCGCGUCGUACACCUAAACGCACCGCUUUGCUUCGCAAUGCUCUUGAGCGUGCUACCUCUUCUCCCACAGCUGAUCAACAGAUCAAUUGGCAACGAACACCAACUGGCCCGUCAAGACAGGGCAUGAAGAUUAAAGGUUCUGCGGGACCUUUCGUAGUGAUGGCUCAGAACUUUGCGCCGGGAACCACUGCUGCCGACAUUGAGAACGUUAUGACCCCCGUUGGCGGCCUGAUCAGCAAUUGCCGGAUCCUCAAAACUCACCCCUUGAUUAUAGCUGAGAUUACGUUCGAGAGCAAGGAAGGAGCGCUUCAAGUCAUUCAACAGUUCAACAACCAGACUGCUGAUGGAAAAACAUUGCAUGUGUACAUGAAGCCCGGCGACUCCUUCACGCCUACGCAUACACCUCCAACCGGUCCUCGAGCCCAACGCGAUCAACGUGACCACGAGACUCGACAGGGAGGCAAUGUAGUAGUUGAUGGACGAAUGGGUUUUAACGAUCUUAUGGAUACAGAUGACCAAGACGCUUCGUAUUCAAACGGAGGUCUUUACAGUGAUAAGAUGGUGCCCAAGGCUACCGGUGGCAAUGAUGGUCGUCGAGGCAGAGGAUUCCGCACCGGUAGGUAGAAUCGCCGGGCACCUGACAAAUCGACGGAUUAUGUAAAACCAAGCAACAAGGAUUUCGUCAAUGACUACGGUGCGGGUUAUGGUGGGGCUUACCUGGCUGGUUACGGUGACAGCUACAGCAAUGUCUACGGCGGCGGCAGUGGCUAUGGCUAUGGCUAUGGCUAUGUUGACUCUCAUAGUGGU